UUCUCAUCCUCUUCCUCCUCCUCCUCCUCUUAUUUCUUAUCUUCCUCCUCCUCCUCCUCCUCCUCAUCCUCCUCCUCCUCCUCCUCCUCCUCUUCUUAUUUCUUAUCUUCCUCCUCCUCCUCCUCCUUCUCCUCCCCCUCCUCCUCCUCUUAUUUCUUAUCCUCCUCCUCCUCCUCCUCCUCCUCCUCCUCCUCCUCUUAUUUCUCCUCCUCCUCUUCUUAUUUCAUAUCCCCCUCCUCCUCCUCCUCCUAUUUCUUACCCUCUUCCUCCUUCUCCUCCUUCUCCUCCUCCUCCCCCUCCUCCUCCUCCUCUUAUUUCUUCUCCUCCGUCUCCUCCUCUUAUUCCUUAUCCUCCUCCUCCUCCUCUUCCUCAUCCUCCUCUUAUUUCUUAUCCCCCUCCUCCUCUUAUUUCUCCUUCUCCUCCUCUUCCUCCUCUUCUUCUUCCUCCUCCUCCUCCUCCUCCUCCUCCUCUUAUUUCUUAUCCCCCUCUUCCUCUUAUUUCUUAUCUGCCUCCUCCUCCUCCUCCUUCUCCUCCCCCUCCUCCUCCUCUUAUUUCUUAUCCUCCUCCUCCUCCUCCUCCUCCUCCUCCUCCUCUUCUGAGGGGCUCCCUGUGGAGGUGUGGAGAGGCCUGCCAUGCCCCCUGAGCUUCGGUCUGAGCCAAGUGAGAAGCCAGAUCCUGGCUGCACAGAGCAGAGAGCACACGGGGCCCUGGUGGGUGGAGGUGUGGAUGCUGGAUGGUGGAUGGAGUUGA